AAUUCAGAUUUUCUUUAUGAUACCAGAAUAUUUCCUGAUAUAAAAUUCACAUGUCAUGGUAUUAUUACUAACUGGAUAUUAAUCGUACAAGUGACGUCAGUGAUUAAAAUAAGACAUACAAAUAAUCUCACUACUACAGCUAUAGCAUUCAACCCCAAUGAUAUUUUUAACAUACCUCCAUUAUUAUAUAAUUUUACUAUGAGCAAUGAGAUAACAGUACAACCUGGUGAUAUACUGAUGAUUGAAAGUAAUGCUACGAAUUAUAUGUUCUAUCAACAAUACAAUGGACCACACAAUUACAGACUGGGGGACAACAAUGAGUUAAUUGCAUUAGAUACCAAUGACUAUCCACUCAUCUCAGUUGUAAUAAAAUUUAUAUCAGUAACUACCACUGAUACACCUUCUAAUUACAUUACAGCAUCAACCAUAUCCUCAAUAGCUACAUCAGAUACCACUUCAUCUAGUAGUAGAAUGGCAAUGUAUACUACUUCCUCACUAAGCACUACAGCAACUUCAACACCAGGGCAAGGCAAUGCAGGAAAUGGUUCAUCUACAAUACUAAUAGCAGCUAUCAGUGCAGUCAUUGUACUACUGGUAGUUACUAUACUAGUAAUAUUGAUUGUCAGUAUAGUGCUGUUUAGAAAGAAGAGGAAGUUAUCACUACCUGUAUCAUCUAUUAGGAAUGAUAGUAAUAGUAAUCAUGUUUAUACUGAUGUUAGUAGUACUGGGAAUGAUAAAGGAAGACUUGGUGCUGUAAACAAUCCAAACUAUCAACCACAAGUUUUAUAUGAUGAAGCAAAGCCUGCAUUGAAUGAGCAUGAUGAUAUGAUUGCUAAUGCUAGCUAUGAACCUGCUACUGUCAGAGGAAUAGAAAGUGCUAAGUCAGUACCAGUUUACGAAGAUCCUGUUGUAACCAAAAAUAGAAAACAAGAAGCAGCUCAUGUUUUGAAUGAUGACAUGUACAGUCUACUAGGAGGAGGAAUAUAUGUACCUACAGCACAUGAACGUUCAGGUGAACAAAGUGAAGAAAUUUACUCUACACUAAUAAAUGAAGUGUACUCCUCCACAUAUUCAAGACUUGAUCAUACUGGUGGUAAUGCAUUCUUUAUAGAAGAUACUGAGUACUGGGAACCUGAUAGUAAUACUGAUGGUAUAUACCAACAAUUAUCUGAUAGGAAAUACAGAGAAAUUAUAAGACACCAGAUAAAGUGAGAGAGAGAGAAAUUAAGUAAUGAUUGUGUUGACAUGA